AUGAACUGUCUAUUUUGGAAUAUCCGAGGGAUUGGUAAAGGUGAAAAAACUUUAGCUAUUAAAUCUCUUCUUUCAAAGAAAAAUGUCUCCUUUAUGGGUUUGGUUGAAACAAAACAUCGACAACCUUUUCAGCCCAGACUGAGAAGAUUAUGGGGAAAUGACGAUUAUGACUAUUGUGAAGUUUUGGCCUCUGAAACACAUGGGGGUGGAAUUAUUGCUGUUUGGGAUAAACAAACUUUUCAUGCCUCUGUUAAACAUAAGGGUGGUAGAUGGAUCUGCAUAGAAGGGUGUAUCAAAGAUCACAAUUUUGAGUGCUGCGUUGGGGUGAUCUAUGGGAAUAAUGAUAGAUUGAGUAGAUUAGCUAUGUUUGAGGAGCUCAAAGAGAAGGCGGAGAUUAUCAACAAACCACUACUUAUACUUGGAGAUUUCAAUGUCACAAUACACUCAGGGGAAAGAACAGGAACUAUCUCAUGUAGCCGCAGUAUGAGGGAUUUCUCGAAGUGGAUAGACGAAUUAAGGUUACUUGACAUUCCACUACAUGGGGUGAGAUUUACAUGGAGAAGAAAUGAUUCCAAAAGUAGACUAGACAGAGCUUUAUGCAGUCAUGAAUGGUUGACAGCAUUUCCGAAUAUGAACAUGACGGGUCUAAGUAGAAGCUUCUCAGAUCAUAAUCCUCUACUCUUAACGUUGGAAGUGUACAACGACUGGGGCCCGAAACCUUUCAGAUGCUAG